AUAAACCGGAAAAUAUAAUGCGCUGACCGCUGAGUACGAUAAUGUGGUACCGCUCUGAGAGAGAGGCAGACAGACGUACACAGACACACAGGGACUGAAAGGACAGUCGGCGCCGCUCCAACACUUCAAAAUGCUCAUCAAAGUGAAGACUUUAACAGGAAAGGAGAUUGAGAUUGAUAUAGAGCCAACAGACAAGGUGGAGCGCAUCAAGGAGCGGGUGGAGGAGAAGGAGGGCAUCCCACCACCCCAGCAGCGCCUCAUCUUCUCGGGCAAACAAAUGAACGAUGAAAAGACGGCAGCUGACUACAAGGUCCAAGGAGGUUCAGUGCUUCAUCUGGUGCUGGCCCUAAGGGGGGGAAUGGCCUCCUCUUAGGUGCUGUCUCCACCCCCUCCUCCUCCUCCUCCUCCUCCUCACCCUCUUUCAUCCCACUCUCCACCUCCUCUCCUGUCUCCCUUUCACUCACCAAGGAAACUUUAAGAACCUAUUGCACCCUCUAGGAAGGAUGUUUGCUGGAAGGAAGAGACAUGGCUCUGAAAUGGAUCUCAGUCACAAUUGUUUGUUAUUAUUCAUAGCCAUGGAAGACGCUUCAAUAUCUAGGGCUUGCUUGCACAUUUUCCUCAUAUAACAUGUUUUUUUUACAUACGAUGCAUAUGUAUACUGAGAGAUGAUUCCAUUGAGGUGAACUACAGUUGCACUGUUGGGGGUGUGAGAUGCUUCAGCUUUAGUGUGCAUGAGUGAGCCAUGUGUGUACUCCUGUCUUGUUAUGAGGAGAUGCUCUGACAAGCUGGCACUCGGUGAGACGUAUCCUCAUACUGUCACUCCUUGAGUCUUUGUUCCCACUGUAUUUAUUAUUGGCUGAGAUUACCCACAUCCGGUGCUUCUGGAUGCAUGUAUGGGAUGUCAGUCACCGCCUCCUUAAUAGGCAGUAAUGUAAUGUACUCCUUCCAAAGGAAGACUACACUAUUUUGCCUCUUUAAGUUUGACAUAAUUAUCAAUAACCAAAGUUGUAUUGCUUGUGAUGGAAAGUCAUUAGAAACAUUGUGCUAUCAGAAUUGCACUUCACAUAAUUGAAAUACUUGUUUGCUAUUCUUCAAACUGCAGCCCCUCACUGCAGAAUUUCUGUGUUAUCAGUCAGUCAGCAUCCAUUAUUCAGAUAUCUGUGGCAUUGACCGGGAGAAUGUUCUGCUGCCGCUGCAUUGGUCCUGUGCUCUUACCACAGUUUGUUGAAAAAUCUUACAAUUAAAUGUUUUGUAUA